AUGUGUUAUCCAUUAGCACUCGCCGUUCCACAAGUGUGUCCACCGCUAAAUUCAAGCGCAACAACACCGUCGGUUCCUACAACAACAACAACACGGUCAACAACAAAAACAACAACACGGUCAACAACAAAAACAACAACACGGUCAACAACAACAACAUCAACACGGUCAACAACAACACGACCAAGAACAACAACAACAACAGCACGGCCAACAACAACAAUAACAACACGGCCAAUAACAUCAACAAUAACACCCACGAAAACAACAAUAAGUGAGUGGGCUAGAUUUUUAGUGUUCCGCCAGAAGUCAACAACGUUUUCAUGGUUUCCCUGCUUCCAUGGAACCCAAAUUUUCCAGAACUCGUAG